CACACACAGCAGGAUAUGUGUGUAGAGCUGGAAGAGGAGAUCCAGUGUUUUAUACUGACAAUAGUGAACCAAAGUUUGUCUGGUCUGGAGAUGUUCAUCCAGCAGCGUCUCUCACGGUGAAUCCUGACAGAGUGCAGCACUUCACCUCUGACUCUGUCUCACUGAGCUGUGAGGGAAACUCUGCUGAGUGGAGAGUGAAGAGGUUUCCUGAACAUGGCUACAUGUCACACUGCUCUGACUGGUGGAGAAUGACUGGAUUCACAUGUAACAUGAUGCUUUCCUGGUAUGAUACUGCAGUGUACUGGUGUGAGUCUGGAUCAGGAGAAUUCAGCAACGCAGUCAACAUCACUGCAAGUUAUUAUACCAAUAUUGUCCUGGUGAGCCCUGUCCAUCCUGUGGCUGAGGGGGAUUCUGUUACUCUUGGCUGCGUAUUGAGAACAGACGACUCACUUUCCAAUGUCACUUUUUACAAAAAUGGCAAACUCGUCCAAAAUGAUGACAGGGGGGAGCUGAAUAUCUCUGCAGUGUCAAAGUCAGAUGAAGGUUUCUACAAGUGUGAAUAUUCAGGAAGUGAGUCAUCAGAGAGCUGGAUGUCAGUAAAAUUGUCUCGCUCUUCAUUUCCUGUGCCGCUAAUCAUUGGACUGGUCAGUGGUAUCAUACUGAUCACUCUACUCCCACUGCUACUGUUGUGCUGGUACAGAAAAUCAACGAAUACAUAUUGUAACAGCCUCCUCCAGUCUCAGAGAAACAAUCAGAGCUCUGCUACAGACCAAGAUGAAAAUCAACAGCCAGUAUACUCGUCUCUUUCUCACGGUCAGCUGUCUAUCUAA